UCCAUCAGCACCUUGACAGAUUCGCACGUCCGAAGCCCUCCUAGUUAGUGGUCACUGGUGUGGCUUCUGGAGAUCAGAGUGGCUCAGCUGGGACCUUCUCCCUGCUGACUGCUAAUGGCCAUGGCACUUGGCAGAAUGGACAAGGCCUGUGUCCUGAAACACAAAGUGCUGGAGAGCCCGCUGGGGAAGAUCGAGCUGUCUGCCUGUGACCAGGGCCUGCACCGGAUAAGGCUCCUGAGCCCACAGACCUCCACCGACCCUGCGGAGGCCCCAGCAGCUCCUGAGGUUGUCAGCGGUCCAGAGGGAACAUCGGAGCCCCUGAUGCGAUGCGCAGCCUGGCUGGACGCCUAUUUCCACAAGCCCCCAGCCAUCGAAGGGCUCCCUCUGCCUGCUCUGCACCAUCCCGUGUUCCAGAAAGACUCUUUCACCAGACAGGUGUUGUGGAAGCUGCUGAAGGUUGUGAAAUUCGGAGAAACGGUUUCUUACCAGCAAUUAGCAGCCCUGGCAGGCAACCCCAGAGCAGCCCGCGCCGUGGGAGGAGCCAUGAGAAGCAAUCCUGUCCCCAUCCUCGUCCCAUGUCACAGAGUGGUCUGCAGCGGUGGAGCCCUGGGCAACUACACAGGAGGACGAUCCGUGAAGGAGUGGCUGCUGGCCCACGAGGCUGCCCAGGCAGGGAAGCCAGAUUGCGGGGUGUCGAGUCAAGGCAGGACCUGGCUCGAGGCAGCUGGUGGCACCACUGGCUCCCAGGGUGCUGACCGAAACUGAGUGUGUGUAUUUGAAGUGAACAUUUGAGUGACACAUAAAUGUAAUGGUGCACCCGAAGCAGGAUGCGUGUGGCACCACUGUAUUAAAAGAGCUGGAUGUGUCCCGGGGGACAUGGCGCGUCUGCCCUUUCUUGUUUCCACACUUUACAGCAGAAUGAGUUCAGACGGCCGGCCGGCCUGUGUGUCGUAGGAUCUCCUGUCUAACGCAGGCAUUGUUCCAUUUUUAAUGCCCGUUAAAAUGGGAACAGGAGAGUGGGGAAGGCGUGGGGAGCCUGAGAGGCCCUGUCCCGGAAGGCAGAAGCAUCUGGCACCCACAGGCUACAGCUGGCUGCCCCAGGACCCCACUCAGGCUGUCCACCCUGAAUGGUGGGCUCCACCCAGCAGUCUCCCCUGUCCUUCCUGGGCAUUUGCCCCACUGAGGUGAUGCCCGUGUGUUUCCUAGCAUUCACAUGAGUCUCCCUGAAGGAGAGACCAGGCCACAGAGGCUGGUACUCUGUAGAGGCUUUCUAACUUGCCUUCCCGACUGGGGAAGGAGCGGGGCAGGUCUGCAUGCCUUCUGCACCAUAGAAAAUAACCUUGCUCCAAAGCACAUCGGAAGCACCGCUCCUGAGACGGGGUUUGGCUGGCCUGACGCCUUCCUGGGAGAGCAGGCUUUCCCCCUGCCAGAUCCCAGGCGCUCUUCCUUUCUCUGGGCAGCAUGUCGGUAGGGAACAGGCUUCUGUAGGCCCCAGAGCUGAGCCUGGAAGUCCAACCUCACACAGUGGUGGUCGGCUCACACCAACAGCAGCAGUGGUGACUGUUUCCAGGCCUUCCAUUGGCUCCAUCUGACAUUUGAUCAUGUCAUUCUUUUAGCUUUAAAACCAAGUAUGCCUGAAACACAGAGGGAGGCCGGUAGCUCAGGGUGUGGAGCAAGGAAGAUGCAGCCGGCCGUCCAGGGGACACUGUGUUUGUCACAGGCUCUGUGACAGUGUGGACCCAGCAGGAAAGCUCGAGUGGUUUUCAUGUGCCACCCGAGAAGGACACACAGCCCCUGAUGUGCACAGUGUGGCUGUGUUUGGCAUUACAUGUCACCUAACCACCAAGGAAUACAAACUCUGGCCCUUUCUCCCCAAUCCACCGUUUAUUCUAUCUUUGUCUUAUAUUGGCCAAAUGGACUCUGGAUGUGUUUCCUCAAACACAGUGAAGUGGCAUGACCAGAACCGUUGUCCCGAGCUUGGUCGUCCUCGUCGCUCUGGAGUGAGGCAAGCCACCAUCUGAGGACAGGUCUGAGACACCUGGUUUCUCAGGACAGAGCCCUGGCAGCACCCUGAGCUGCACACACAGGAGCACGUCCUGUCUGGCCUCAGGUGUGUUCUGGCUCCUUCUCUGACCUGGUGUCACUGUGAAGGCAAAGGGGUCUGUGUCUACGUUGUGAGUCUGGGAAGACGUGUGGGGAGGGCCGGGUGCCCUCUGCAUUGGGCUCCGAAGCUCAGUGUGCUGUGCACCUGGCUCCCAUUGCCCUAGAGUCACCAGGAAUUGCUGCCUUUGUCCUCUGCCUGAGUAGAGAAGGGUCCUGGCUCCAAAUGCAGCUCCAGGUCGAUGGCCUCAGUGCAUCCUGUGUGCUUGCGUUCCAACAGAGGGCGCUGUGGCUGCAGAGUGCUGUGGGAGACCCCAGCCUUGCUGCUGUCUGUGAGCUUGAACAGGCUGGCCCAAGAUGGCCCUGAGGAGUCCUCCUGGGCUGGGAGCCCCCGAGGGCCCUACACACCUCCCAUGUAACCUCCAUAUUUCCAUGAGGGGCCAGGCUCUGAGAGGAGCUGGGGGCGGUGUGACCAGCAAGGGCUGAGCCCCCAGCAUGUCGGCACCACCAAGGGGACCUGGCGGCUUCAGGCAACCCGGACCUGCAGACAGGCCUGUUUGGGCCACGCCUGCUUGGGCCACGCCCUGGAGCAGUGCAGAAGCCACGUCUGUUCUGUCUCCUAGGGUCUCCUCGGCACUGUCAUAUCAGGCUCCACAGAUGCCCUGAGGUGGCCGUUGACAGAGCAGCGGGACUCACACCGCGUGGCCAUGUACUGCUGCAAGGACAAGCUCUGCAGAGGCCGACAUGAAACGCUGGCACGGGUUGCCUAGAGCCGCUCGGCUCAAGGUUACAGCGCAGCUUGUGCAAAUAAAGAGGCAAAGGAAAGGCACAAAGAAAUACAAAAAUAUUUUCCAAAUAAAAAGAAAUGUCGAAACAAGAAAGCUGUGUUCUUUGGCCUCCGCCCCAGGUCCCCUCACCUGCCAGGCCUCCCCGGCCAGCACUGUGGGGCUUUGAAAGCUGACACGGAGAUCCUGGCGUGGCUGGCUGCGCUGCCUCACACGCCCCUGGGGGCCGGGGGCAAGACUGGGCACGCCUUGCUCCUGGGGCCACGCUUGCAAGUGUGAGAGCUUUUAUCCCGUCUCCCGUCAGGGACACAAAUGUCACACAGGCAUCACCCACUUCACCACGUCCUGAGGAAUGUCAUGAAGUGACAGCGUAAGUCUGACUUCCUCACACCCGAAGACGGCAAACUAAUUGUGCAAGGAAAUCUGAAGGAUUCUUGCAAGAGGGAUUGUGACGGGGGCUGUGAUUUUGCAGUUCUAGAAGCGAGGGGUGGGCAGCAGGCGUUGGGGGAAGUGGCAGGCUGGCCCUGUCGGUAACUGAACGGUACUUUUAACUCCCAACGCUCCUUGCCUGGCAGAGACGGCUUACUGAACAACCCUGGCAGCUCAGCUGUGUGCCGGAUCCUGUAGGUGACUCUCGUGCUUCCAGGACACAUCUCUCUCCUUGCUGCUGCUCACUCCUGCCUGGUCACCCUGAAUCCUGUGGCUCGAGGGGCCUAAAGGAUGUCCAGUGUGGGUGUGUUCACUUGAGAACAUCUGGCUGUGUUUCCUCGGUGGUCUGUGAGCACCAGUGUCAUCCCAGAGCUCACUUCCUGUGAAAGUGCAGACCGAGAUCAAAGCCCACACACUCUUGGGAGUCCCCGGUGGCCUGUGAGAGGUGGGAACCCCGGGAGGUGUGGGCCAUCUGGGCAGGCUGCCUGGGGAGGUCCUUGCAACGAGGUAUACUUCUGCGAGCUCCGAGGUAACCCAAGAUCUGGUCUGCGAGGACCCGACAGCGCCGUCGGCCACGCCUGCCUCCCGUCUUACCCACCUUCUCUGUCGUAACUGUGACCAUGGUGGCAGUGCCAGCUUGGACCUCACCUCCAUCGGGACAUGCAGGAAGUCACAGCUGAAUCAAUGUGAAAAUUAUUCACUUCCCCCCGGAGCUUCCUGAGAUCCCGCUGCUGUUUGGGUUUCAGACAGCAUGGGGGAGGACUCCGGGGUGACAGACAAAUUGGCUUAAUGUGGGACUCCAGGGGGCGGUUUUCCUCUGUGGGCUCCCCUAGAAGUCCAGUCGGGAACUGAGCCCUUCAGUCUCUGCUUCCGGGCCUCCGUCUGUCUUGUUUGCAUCCUUUCUGGCUGCUCUGAGGCAGUGGGGUUGCAGAGGGUGGCUGGGGCCCUCAGGCAGGGGUUUUAUAUUUGGUUGGCCUCCCUCGGGCCAUCUGGGAUUUUCUUUCUCCUUCACCGGUGUUUGAUUAAAAGUUCGCAUUCAAGAA